CCGACAGAGCGUCUGCGACUGGUUGGUUGUUUAUAAAAUAAUAACAACAACAACAACUUAGGCGAUGAAAACAAAUGUGUCCAGCAAAACUCUUGCAAAUAUCUAAUUGAAAAGGCAGGCAUAGGAAGGUCAGGGCGGGGCUUCGGCAGGGUAGGGCGCCCUUCCAUUUAGGCCUGGCUGGAGCACUCCCCCAGGUUUUGUUGAUGCAAUAAUUUAUCAACUCUUGAUCAAUCAUGGCAGCUGCAGUACUCCCUAAGGACAAGCUUAAGAUUUUGUGCUUACACGGCUACAGACAGAAUGCUCUGAGUUUCAGAGAACGAACUGGUGCUUUCAGGAAGAUCCCAGUCAUAAAGAAGAACACAGAGCUGGUUUUCAUAACUGCCCCAAACCGUGUUCCACCUUUGCCCACAGUCUCAGACGAGGAAACUAAAGCAGAAGGUAUAUCAAGUGAGGGGGAAGACAUGGGGUGGUGGUUUUCCAGGCUAGACAACAGCUAUGUUGCAAAGGACUACACAGACUGUUGCCCAGGCUACCAGGACUCCAUUGACCUUGUCACCGGGGUUUUCAAAGAACAGGGGCCGUUCGAUGGAGUUUUAAGUUUCAGUCAGGGUGCAGCAUUCGCUUCCCUGCUUUGUGGAAUUCAGCAGCAAAAUCCAGAUUCCCCAAUCAAGUUCAACUUUGUUAUAUUUGUUGCGGGCUUUAAAAGUCGACAGUCGGCGCACAAUGUCUUGUACAGCAAGAAGAUAACCAUUCCAUCAUUACAUGUAUUUGGAAAAACAGAUAAAGUGAUUAUGAAAGAGAUGAGUGAAGAUCUACUGCAGUAUUUCGAGGCACCUACAGUGUUGGAACACGAAGGAGGUCACUUCGUACCAGCAUCUGGUCCCCAGAAACCAGUAUACACAGACUUUUUGCAGAAAAUGCUGGCGAAAAAGGCAUCCAGUUGAUCUGGGCUAAACUGUAGUUGCUUUGAUUAACUUGUAGCUUUAUUAUGUUAACCCUUUCCCACUCAGACUGCAUUUUGACCUGUUUGUAGUGCCUUAGAAAAUGAAAUUAAAUUUAAGAACUUUUUUUACUAGAUUCAAGUUUUAACUGCUUCAUUUCCAACCCUAAGAUAGUGAUGAGCAGCAAACAGUAUGUUACCCUUGCAGGCUGUUCUGGUGUUAUGCUGGUUGCAUAUAAACAUUUUCACUUUGCUUCUGAGUGGGAAAGAGUUAAGUAAUUCAAAUUUAUUUAGGACCACAUUUAGCAAGAUUCUCUAGUUUAAAACUUCAUGAAACUAAUUAUUCAUCGAAAUGAUGAAUUUUCUUGGGGUGAUGGGUGAGUAAUUUAAGUUAAUUUUGUGAUUUUGUUGUUAAUUAUUUUCAUGUUGUAAAGUUUUCAAACGGCUUUCUAAGACCCAGAAAUUUCUGUACAUUGGCAUCCUACAGAACAUUUAGCAUAGCAAGGUCUCUAGUGAGUCAAUUUGGUCUUGACUAUUGCACCAUAGACAAGCUAUUAAAUAGGGAUUGAUUGUAUCAGGUAGCGAGUCUGCAGACUGGGACUGCUGACCUGACAUGUUUUCUAGUUAUGCUUUCUUUUGCUUAUUACUUUGCUUAUUAUUUUGCUUAUUAUUUUGCUUUGUCUUUUGUCAUGUUCUGCUUAUUUGGCUAAACUUGUCUUAGUUGCUGCAUAGAUAUCUCAUAUAUAUAUGUAUACUACUAUGUGCUUAUAAGCCUCUUUGUCAUGCAUGCUUAUUAUAUUUUUUUAAUUGAGUUAAUUUAUGCGUAGGCCUAUCGCCUAGAUUAGCAUAAAUCUCUCAGUUUUAUGUUUUAUUUCUUGUCACUUCCUUUUGCCUGACAAAUGCUCUGCAAGUUAUGCCAUAUGCCCUAAGUAUUAAUGCUGGUAUUAACUAUGUUUAAAUUAUUUUACUGUCUCGUUUAACAGCUGUUUUUAAUAUGUUAUUAUCUGAUAUGCUUUCCCUACUUAUUUAAACUGCUUUAAUUUAGUUGUAGGCGUAUGGUCUUUAUUAGCAUAAAUCUCUCAGUUUUUGUGUUUAUGUGUAGUUACUUCCCUUUGCUUGACAAAUGCUUUGCCAUUUAUGCCAUUAUGCACUUUUGUAUUAAUGCUUGUCUUAACCAUGUUUAAACUAUCUUACUGUCUCUCUUAACAGCUGCUUUUUAAUAUGUUAUUAUUAUACAUUUGUAAAAAAUGUUGGUUUAAAAGCUAAGUAUAGCUUAUGUUAUAUGUUAUGUACUCUUGCCGACUUUAAAUAACAUUUACUUGUGCUUGUUUUAAGAGAUCACUUCACUCGAACAUUCAAAACCAUAUUGAUAUUUAUAACUUACAAUAUAGUGAUGAAGUGGAUAUGGUGUCUGCCUAUUGAUCGUGAGGUAAUGCGUUUGAUCCCCACAGUGGGAUGCGUUCUUAAGAUUUCCCCCUUAGACACCAAGUACUGGUUUUAGUCCCAGGAAACGGACUUGAGAGCAUUUCAAAUAAGCCCUAGGCUUUUUAUGCAAUCACCUAAAUAAAUAUGUUUAAACUAAACUCAACUAACUUACAAAGUGGGCCUUACUUAGUAUAAAACUCCUUUCAUAAAGUUCCUUAUUUCACAGUCAAAGGCCAAUUCAUUAAAAGUUGAGUUUGUUGUUAAUGUUUUUCGCCUUGUAAAGCAUCAAGUAUGCUGGAACUGUUAUCAGAUUUUACAACAAAAUCAUUUAGAUUUUUUAACGUCUAUGCAAGCAGAUGAAAAAACUCGUCUGAAUUUAAUUUUUUUCAUAGGAUCUGUUUCGUCCAAAAAAUAUCAGCAUACAUUUACAUCUAAAGAAAGAAGCCUUGACUGUUGUUUGUUGUAUGUGGUUCAAAGUGAAAUUGACCAUAAACUGUCAAUGAAUAUGUAAGUUGACCAAUCAUGGAUGGAUUUCAGAACUGGGAUACAAAUUCACUCUGCAAAGUCCAAUCAAUUUACUGAAAAACAUUUAUAAAUUAUUGUUUAAGCUGUCAAUUAAGUGACUUGUUUGAUGCACUGCUUGUCAUGCAGGCAACCUCUUUUUACUUCUCCUCAUGAUGCAUGCUUGUUUUGUUAAGUGGAAACCUUCCUGCGCUAUUUACUUUCGGUACUUUUGUUAACCCCCCCCCCCCUACUAGAAGCUACUGGAAUACGGCCCUAGGAGUCUCAGAUGAGUUGGUAAGGUUGGACUGCAGGGGUACAUUCGGAGUCCUCACAUAAAGCAGUCUGAGGCAAAGUUAGACGGGGUUAUCAGAUGCAGGUAUUUUUUGCCGUUUUAUACACUUUAUUACUUGUAUUAAUGUUUUUAAUGCCGCUCACUUUCCAGUCAUAUCAUCAAAAACAAUAAAAUUGUUUACUUUGUAUUAAUAUUCGCUCUCUAUCCUGAUUUUACUCGAUGCGAAAUUUCUUAGCGAGGUGACGAAAUACAGCUCAACAAAGAAAAUUCCCAGGGAGUAAAGUAGAGAUAUAAAGCAAAUAUUGAUACAAAAUAAAAGCCCAUCACAUUUUUUUACUGAUAUGGUAGGAAAGUGAGCAUCUUUUAAAAAUCAAACAAAAGAAAUAAAGGGUAUACAACGGUAAAAAAUGACUAUCUCGGCUUGGACGUCGCCAUCUUUGACUAUCACAUGAUUACCCCCUCUGAAAGUAUCUUAUUAAUGUUGAGAUUGUUUACUUCUACAAUUGCAAAGACGUCUUAAACACAUGCUUUCUAAGGUCUCAGUAGAUAGAAUAUCUAUAUAAUGGUAAUAUGUUGCUCCUGCUUCUUUUUUGUUUCCAUCUCAUGCUCCUCUUGGUUUGAUAAAAUGUGUAAAUCUCUUUAAAUCUAUGUCUGUUUUGCAAAUAUUCAAUGUUGAAGGAAUAUGAUAUCCUUAAAAGCCUUAAUUAUUGGUUUUGCACUAAGAAAUGUCCUAAAUUUAUUAAAUUAUUAGAAAUUGUUACCACAUUGGUCCAGCUUUCGACCAUGCCCCCUUUUGCAUCUCCAUGUACCUUUUGUGGUCUUAGAUCGUUCCCUUAGUUUGGAUAUACUAAUGAAAUGUAUACUGAUAAGCUUUAUUGGUUUUACUUGUUAGCACAAUGUGAGAAACGCAUGAGUGCACUUUGUUGUUUUGUUAAAAAUAUAAUUGAACUACAAAUAAAAAUAAACAAGCAAA